AUGCAACACGCGCUUCGAAAUGACGCUGCGUCGCAACGCGCGUCUCGAAGGUUCCUCGAGGAUGGCGCGUCCGCCGCGCGCCUCGAGUUGCUAGUAGCGGGAACAACUUUACAAAAGAGAUGGAAGAGUCUGCGUGACAAUUUUGCCAGAGAAUUAAAAAGAAGGAAGACCAAGAUAUCAGGAUCUGGAGAGUGUAUAUAUUUCUCACGGCUCCAAUUUUUAGAAAAUACAGUAAGUAAUAAGGAGACUACCAGUAAUCUUGAUGACCAUGGUCAGGACACAGUCAUCUUGGAGGAGGAGGAAGCAGCUACUGACGAUUUGAACAGGCCUGAACAAAGUACCGAAAACCCAGUAGGUAAGAAAAAAAUUAAGUUAAAUCCAGUUGAUAACCAUUUUUCUGACAUUUUAAACAAAAGUAUUUUGCUAAGAGAACAAAGAGAAACGGAAAAAAAUAACGAAGAUGAGGACAAACUCUUUUGUCUCUCUCUGUACAAGGAACUGAAGAAAGUGCCUGAACACGGUAAAAUUAGAACGAAAAUUCAGUUACUUGAAACAAUACAAAGAGCCCUAGAUUUCUACAACGGACCGCAGCUCGUGGUCGUGCAGUAG